UAAAUAAAUUAAUAUAUAUAUAUAUAUAUAUAUAUAUAUGUGUUUCUGACAUUUACGAUCCGGCUAAAGUACUUUUAACGUGAUUUGCACUUAUUGUCGCUGAUUAGUGACGUCACGUACUUGACAUUGGCAUGGACUGAGGAAGAACGUAUUCUUUGUAGUUAUGGCGAUGCACCUGUUUGCAAGAUAUGUCACCGGGCUCUUCGCUGAUACAUCGUGCGUAAUUCCUCAGAGGACAUUCGGCGUGUCUGCUGCUACAGCAGCCAUUCAGAAAAUGACCAGAGUUCGAGUGGUGGAUAACAGCUCUCUUGGAAAUACACCUUACCACCGGCCUCCAAGAGUGAUCCAUGUGUACACCAAGAACGGCGUUGGAAAAGUUGGUGAUAAAGUGUUACUGGCCAUAAAAGGACAGAAGAAGGCUGCGCUAAUUGUUGGUCACAAAAUGCCCGGACAUCCCAUGAAUCCACGCUUUGAUUCAAAUAAUGUCGUUCUGAUCGAGGAAAAUGGGAACCCAACAGGAACAAGGAUUAAGGUUCCUAUACCCACACAUUUACGUAAAAGAAUGGAAGGGGACUACUCAAAGGUGCUAGCAAUUGCUAGUUCUUUUGUAUGAUUGGACUCUUCUCCACUAGUCAGUCUUUUUGUGAAUUGCAUUACUGCAUGUGAUGGGCAGAAGUUUCUGUUGACAGUCAUCUCUUUGCUUACAAUAAAUACAACCUUUACCUUAAA